AUGACCUCCCUGACUCGCCGUCAAACACCACCUUUCCACCUCAUAGCCUUCCUUCCCCUCCUCAUCAACAUCGUCUAUGGAGCAGUCAUCUCCAGCCCAGAAACCCAUCCAACCUCACGCAAUCCACGAUCUUCCCCACUGGAAAUAUCUGCCCCACAGGAGAAACGCCAAACCUACUGCUACGAGCACUGCUGCUCCAGGUCUCUCAAACUAUGCUGCGACCAGUCCUUCGGAGGGAUGGUUGAUAUCCAAUGUCAACGGGGUGCCAGCAGCAAUACGUCAGGGGGCCAAAGCGGCGCGGACCCCAUCCUCCCACCCAUCGCCUCCCCUUCAACACCAGCAUUUUCGUAUCCGACUUCCUACCCCACGCCUACAUUCCCACUCGCAAAUACCGGCACCCCCCACCUCGACUUCUCCACUCACACCCCGUACUCCACGCCCCGCAUCGACUCCGAGUCCUACACCCCCUACACACCCUAUAGUGACCCACGAGACUUGUCCUCCCAAGUCUCAACCUCAACCCCGUACACAACGAGUACGAGCUCCCCAGGCGACUCCACCAGCUCGAGCUCCAAAUCAGAAAGCGGACUAUCAACAAGCGACAAAAUAGCCAUUGGCAUCGGCCUCCCAGGCGCACUGACCGCCUGUAUCGGAUUAUGGAUAUUUUGCAAGUCGCGAGGACGGAAAGCCCCGUAG